UCCCCAGGCAUCCCCAAAGGCAGCUGGACUCUACAGCUGAAAUGAUUAGUUGAUUAAUCAGUCAGUCAGUUUGACAGGAAAACAGUUGGCACCACUUAUUUAGUUGUUUUCCUCGGUCUGCUGUCACACUGAACGCAAUAUUAUAAAAUAAUUUGAAUAUGUUGACCUGUUGAAUGUUUGUACAGGAGCCCGAAAAUAAUUUACCCAAAAGAAAACAGGUACUGCUCUUCAGCCCCCAACUCUGGCCUCCUUAGAAAGCACACCACGUCCCUGUGCUGAAUAUUAACCUGGAGGCCUCAUGUCGGUCCGAGUCUCAGCCAUGAGCGUUUUUCCUCCUGUUCGAAGGGACCGAGUCAUCGCCCAGCUCCCUCAGUAUUUCAGGAAGGAGGCCGCUCUCCACACUAAGGACGAUUUCAACAAUAAAGUGAAGACUGCCUGCCAGGAGCAGCGCACCGGCACCGUGGGCAGAUUUAAAAUCUCUAAGGUCAUCGUUGUGGGUGACCUGGCUGUAGGGAAAACCUGUCUGAUUAAUAGAUUUUGCAAAGAUGCUUUCGAUAAGAACUACAAGGCAACAAUUGGUGUGGACUUUGAGAUGGAGCGGUUUGAGGUGUUGGGUGUUCCUUUCAGCCUACAGCUGUGGGACACUGCAGGCCAAGAGAGGUUCAAGUGCAUUGCCUCUACGUACUACAGAGGAGCCCAGAUUGUGAUCAUCGUGUUUGAUGUAAAUGAUAUCGCCUCUUUGGGCCAUGUGAGGCAGUGGCUCGAAGACGCCUUGAAGGAGAACGACCCCACCGGUGUCCAGCUGUUCCUCGUCGGCACAAAGAAAGACCUAAGUUCUCCUGCUCAGUAUUCUCAGAUCGAACAGGACGCUCUCAAACUGGCUCAAGAGAUCAGGGCAGAGUACUGGGCCGUUUCAUCACUCACAGGGGAGAACGUGAAAGAGUUUUUCUUCCGAGUUGCAUCGUUGGCAUUCGAGACCAAUGUUCUCGCCGAGUUGGAGAAAAGCGGAUCGAGGCAAAUCGGAGACGUCGUCAGAAUUAACAGCACUUCAAACAACCUGUACGCUACAUCGAAGAAGAAACAGCCAAACUGCUGUCAGUAGGGAUGGGAGCAGAAGUUUGAAGUCAAAGUGUUUUCGAUUGCCACAGCUGCUACACCUGCACAAAACAGAGUGAGAUAUUUCCGCGCGGGUGUUGAGGUUCUUUAAAUUACGGCGUAAUAAGAAGAAUAAUGGCGAUGAUAUUGUCACAUGUUGACCGACCUACAACAGUGGCUCCCAGUCUCUCUACCAGCUGGAUGGCAGCCUUCAUCGUACCUCCGGUCUCUAUCCAUUGGUCCACUAACAACACCCUCACACCUGCGAGACGGAGAAACAAAGUGUUUAAAGAAAAUGGUCCACGUCUUUCUUUUCUUAAAUGAAGAUAUAAAUGAUGAUUAUAUGAUUUAAUAUGAUUACACAGCAAAUUUGUUAAAAUGUUAAUGUUUGAAAAUGUUAACAAAAGAAAAAAAUUUAAACAAGGGAGAAGUAAAGUUUGUUAUGCUAUUUCUAGUGCAAAAAUACUAAGCAAACAAUGAUACAAUCCAUUUUUACAUUAAAUGAUACAGUGUAUACUUGGCAAUGGUGACUGACAUUGGUGACUGAUGCAACAAUGUGUAAACAGCAUUUUACUGUUGUUGCUGCUCGAGUUGGAUUUAAGUUUAACUACUUUGUAUGCGGUUAUGUAGUUUAGUCCAGUGGUUAUGACCCCAGGGGUCAUAACCACACCAAGGUUCACAAGAAAAAUUUGAGAGGUCUUCAAAUGAUUAAUGUGAGAAGAAAGAAGAAAACACAAAGUUCUGAUACACCAAAUUUGAUUAAUUUUUCAGACUUUUAUCUAAUCUUUACUUCAGUUGUGAAAUAUUGGAUAAUUUUACCUCUUCUUAUAUUCAAUCAUCUGAAGCUGAGGCAGGAAAUCACUCACAAACAUCUUAAACACGACCAAACAUUUAACAAUGUGUUGUAUUUUAUUUUUUUAAAUGUAAAAUGUCUCAUUCAUAUUAAAUGUAACGUGAGUCUGAAAAGCAGCCAGUAGUUAUAGCUAGUAUAAUAAGUAUAGUGCAGUAGAAGUAUAAAGUAGCAUGAAAUGGAAAUACUCAAGUAAAGCGGAAUGGAGUAAAUAUACUUAGUCACUCUCCACCACUGAUACUUGGAUAGAUGUACAAAUGUAAAUAUGCAAUAAAAAGGAGUAAUUAAAAUUAAAUAAAUGGGACUAGAAUCCAGCAUUGACACGUUUCUCUCUGCUCCUUCUCUAAUCCUUGGCCUUCAAAGUAUCCAAUGUCAAAGACACUAAACCAAAAAGAAUGAAUCUUAGAGCAACACUGGAUCUUUAAUUCACAAAUGGCACAUACAGCACUGUUCAUUUAAUGUGUUACACUGAUGCAGCUGUAAUUUGCUUCAACCAACCCUAGGAGGUGCUGUGUGACAGGGAGUAAAUGGACGUAAAGUUAAAGAAACCUGUGCUCUAAGUCGUUUGGGGUUCUGCACUUGUUCAUUUUAGUCAUUUUUCAAGCAAAAAUGCCAGAUUUCUAUUUGGUAGUUCCAGCUGAGGAUUUGCUGCUUUUCUUAGUCUUAAACGAUAGUAAACUGAAUUUCUUUGUAUUUUAAGACUGUUUGUUGAAUAAAAAAAAGCAAUUUGAAUUCAUUACUUUGGCUGUGGAAAAUUAUUAUGGACAUUGUUCAAUAUUUUCUGACAUUUGAUAGACAAAUUGAUUAACUGACUAAUUGAGAAAAUAACCAACAGAUCAACUGAUG